AUGGCAGUGGCAAGUCUCAUCAAUCUUGCAUCCACCUUUGACUCUGUCAUCAAGACUUUUGAGCACAUCCACUUUACAGAAAAUUUUGGUUUACACUAUGAUGACUGCAUGCUCAAACUCGCCAAUGUGAACCUCCGACUGUCGCGCUGGGGCGAGGCCGUGGGCCUUAGCAGCGUGGAUGAGUAUACCAGAAGCAUUUACAGUACGAAAGUAGUUGAAGAGCACAUACCCCAGGCAAUCAACUUGUUGGGCGCGAUACAGGCAGCGUUGGAAACGGCCAAGGACCGCGAUCGAGAAUACAACGCAGAUGAUCCAAGCAUCUUAAAGGCCAAGAAAGAGCUAAGCUACGCAGAUCUGUCGCUUCAUGAGGUACACAGACGGAUAAUCCGCAAAAGGCGGAACCACCUUUCUGUCGUCGAGAAGGCUACAUGGGUGCUGCGAGACCGGGAGCGUUUCAAGGUCAUGAUCGAUGACAUCGCCGACAAAACCAGGGAGCUUGAGAAUCUCUUCCCUGCUGCCCAAAACCAGGAGAAGGCUAUUAUGGAGGAGGCUCGUGAGUUCAGUGAGAGCCUCCGAGUUCUUAGGAAAGUUAUAAGUAAGCAAGAUGGAGCUCUUGCGUCAGCGCUUGACUCUAUCUUAGAGCCCCUUGAGGAAAAGAUUGAUAGCACUGUGUAUGGCAGGAAUGUGUAUGGCGGAGUUGUGGGCGUUAUGGCUGGCCAGGGAGGCACCUUUACUCAGCACGAUGCAAAGGGGAAUAUCAUCACUAUGGAUAUCCAGUCUACCAAGAGAGGCACCUUCACUCAGCACGUUGGAAGAGGGAUUGUCACCACUGUGCAUGGCGGAAUUGUGGGUGUUAUGGCUGCCCAGGGAGGCACCUUUACUCGGCACGUUGGAAAAGGGAUUGUCAACACUGUGCAUGGCUCAAAUGUGGGUAUCCAAUCUACCAAGGGAGGCACCACCACUCAGCACUAA